AUGGCGAAGAAAUCUAAGAGUCCCUCUCCUUCCAGUUCAAAAAACGAUGAGGAGGAUGAAGAAGAGGAAAUUCAUCAUGUAUCACCGAGAGGUAACACCCCUCCCCGAUCUCCCACUCCAACCGAACCUCCUCAUGAAAAACUUCCAAUACCACCUCCAUCACCGAAACAAAGAAUUCCUAUUUCAGUUGCUCCUGUUCCCCCACCUACCACAUCUCAAACAACAACUUCGAUACCACCACCUCCACCUGUUACUACCAUUCCCAUUUCUAUUACUCCAAUCCCUUCGCUUAUUAUUUCCCAAUCAACUUCGACUACUAUCCCACAACCGAAAGUAGGAGUCAACAUAUCUGAUACGGGGGCGACUACUGAGACCGAACCUCCAGUUACUUCCAAACCAAUUUCACCCUCACCUUCAACCGAUUCGGAUCCCACGCUCGGUGGUGCUACUGAUGAGUUUGAUUCGAUCUACUAUAGUCCCUAUACGCUUCCAACAAAUGAUGAUGACGAAGCUCCAAGCAUUGACGAGAAACUCGAUAACCUGCUUUAUGCCAACAAGUCCUAUAAUGAUACAAGUGCAGCCAAGGUGAAUGCCUUUGUGGAUUCCUUAUCCAAGUGUAUUCAAGCGGAGCAAACAAAAUUUGAAGUUGUUCACUCUUCAAUACAAGCAGAGAACACUUCACUUAUAAGUUCUGUGAACUUUCAGUUUGAAUCUCUUAAUGUUGCUUUAGCAAAGGAGAGUUCUCUAAAGGAAGAUCUCGCACGUCAAGCCUCAACAAUUGAAGUUCAAAAGGUGCAGCUCGCUCAAGCUGAAAAGGAAAUUUCCUUGUUGAAGACGGAGAGGGUUUUCUUUCAUAGCUGUGUUGGGGAUAUCAAGGAUAUGCUAACCAGUCUCCUUGGUGCUCAUGAUCCUAUCCUUACUUUGACUAUAAGGAAUCAUCUCACUUCAAAACUUCUUCUUGCCCUUGCAUUGUUACACGAGACGAAGGGUGUUUCGGAGAAAUUCAUAUCUCCAAAACAAGGGGGAGAGGGUGCUCAACCGAAAGUUACUGUGAAGACUGAAAUCGAAUCUCCUCAACCGAAAGUCGAUGUUACAACCAAACCGAAGGGUAACGAAGCUUCGGGUUCUGGUUCUCAAGCCAAGGGGAUUGAUAAUGAUAGUACUGAAGAAGAAGAAGAAGAAACUAUUACUGAGGCCCUUAAACGAAAGAAGAACAGAGAGUUGGAUGAAGCCUUGAGAAUUGCAAGGGAGGCUGAGGAAAGGGAAAGGAGGAACAAGGAAGAAGAAAAGCCUUAA